AUGUCUUGUGAUAGUCGCAAUCCGACUAUCCAAGAGUACUGCGAUUUCCGGCUACGAAAUAUCCCCUAUGGAAGCGAUGUUAAACCACAGUCUUGCUACGAUCGACCAGUCGACGACGCAGGAAAUGCUAGACUUGUUCUUGAGUGGGGAGACUGGCUUGUUAUUGGCGUUUAUUUUGUGAUCGUACUUGGAGCAGGUCUUGGCAUUUCUCUCGUCGGAAAGAAGAAGGCUUCUUCGUCAGCUGCAACAGACUUUCUUCUCGCAGGCCGAUCCAUGUGGUUUCUACCUGUCGCGUUCUCUCUAUACAGCUCGAAUAUUGGAAGCUCUUCCUUUAUUGGCUUGGCUGGAUCAGGAGCCGCUGCUGGCAUCGCAGUUGGUGUGUUUGAGUGGAAUGCGAUGAUUUGCUUACUGAUGCUUGGCUGGCUUUUCGUUCCAGUCUAUCUUGCAUCUGGAAUCAAAACGAUGCCAGAGUUUCUCCAACGUCGAUUUCCAGGAGAGCGAAUUCAGCUUUAUUUAGCAGUUUUGUCUCUCUUCAUUUAUAUUUUUACGAAGAUUAGCGCAGAUUUAUUCUCUGGCUCUUUAUUCAUUUCUCUUGCGAUUCCAUCAUUGAAUUUAUAUGUGGCUAUCAUCAUCCUCCUUGCUAUCACUGCUGCGUAUUCUGUCGCCGGUGGAUUGAAGGCUGUCAUUUACGUUGAAGCUCUUCAAACUGUCAUCAUGGUUAUCGGUUCAGUCAUUAUGGCGGUUUAUGCGUUCAAUGAGAUUGGAAGCGAGAAUGAGUCUGCAUGGGACAGUCUCUGGGCCAAGUACAACUGCUCGAUUCCUUCUGACUACCUUUCGCCUCUAGAAACGCAGAAUGGCGAUGCAUGUGGUGCCGUUAGAGAUGAUUUCGAUCAUGUUCUGCGAGCACCCGACGCAGAUCUACCCUGGCCAGGUGCAAUUUUCGGCUUGACUGUCAUUGCAACAUGGUAUUGGUGUACUGAUCAAGUGCUUGUUCAACGCUGUUUAGCUGCGAAAAACUUGUCCCAUGUGAAGUUAGGAUGUGUUAUUGCUGGACUUAUCAAAGUAACACCAGUGUUUUUGAUGGUGUUUCCAGGAAUGAUUUCUCGCAUCUUAUUUACCGAUGAAGGAAUCAGUUAUUAA